GUGAGCGAGUGCUGACCGUAGAGAUUUGGGCUGUGGGGCAUUCCUUGCAUGCUUAUAUUCAGCUCCGAGUGGGGGAUGGAUGAAAGGAGGAGGAGGGAGGAGUUAGUCUCACGUAGAUACAGCCAUAUGUCCGGCUGUUAGAAAACCCACAGAUUUUCCUCCAGCAGCAAGAGGAGGUAAGAGGAGGACAGGGUGCGCCGUUUGCCUGCACGAUGUGGCUGACUCUGUUUUACAGUUGCACUGGUGGAGCAGCUCUUGUGUACGCUCUGUACAGGUGGGUGAUCCCCGCUGCUGUUCAGUAUCAUGGAGGAUUGGCGCUCAUGUGGCAUGAUGUCAUCGUGGAGCGGCUGCUGGACACAUUGACCCAGUCCACACGACCUCAGCGGCUCCUGGGUGCAGUUCAGAAGAACGCCACCAGAGGAGACCCUCGCAGCGUGGUCAGGGCCAUCGAUCACUUCUGCAGACACAAGGAGUGGGCCAUGAACGUAGGGGAUGAGAAAGGCUGCAUUCUUGACUCAGUGGUAUCCGAGGUAAACCCAGCCGCUGUGUUGGAGCUGGGGACCUACUGUGGCUACUCCACGGUGCGCAUCGCCAGCCUGCUGCCCCCUCACGCCAAGCUCAUCACUCUCGAAUUUAACCCAGACUUUGCUGCAAUUGCACGUCAAGUCAUUGCUUGGGCAGGGUUGGAGGAAAAGGUCCAGUUGGUUGAAGGGGCGUCUGGUGACUGGAUCCCAAAGAUGAAGGAGCAGUUUGGGGUGAAAACAUUCGAUUUAGUUUUCCUGGAUCACUGGAAGGAUCGCUACCUUCCUGACACGAAGCUGAUGGAGGAGUGUGGCCUCCUCAGGAAAGGCAGCGUCCUGCUGGCCGACAAUGUCAUCUGCCCUGGAACUCCUGACUACCUGGAAUAUGUCCGCAGCAGCCCACGAUACGACAGCCAGUACUUCAAGUCUCACCUCGAGUACACCAAGGUGGAGGAUGGCUUGGAGAAGUCUGUGUUCUUAGGCUAGUUUUUCACAAAAAAACAAAAUGCUUAUACUAGUUAACCUUCUGUUGUGUUGGAUUCACGGCGCAGACUUGAAAUCAUUUAAAUCUGUUUUUCUAAUGCCCCAUUUAGUGUGUAAACUUGAAAUUAAAAAGUGUCACAUGAAGGGAAAACACCUCA